CUGAGGAGAGGGAGGAGGAGAAAAGAAAAGGCGGCGGCCCGGCUGGGGCAGAGGCGCUGAGGAGGCGGACCGGACAGGGUGCAGGGCGCGGGACAGCGCAGAGCCGCCGGGGACGGCGGCCACGGUAGCCAGGGCCUGGGCCGCGGUUCAGCCGCACCGGCCGAGCUGUACUGGCCAUUAUGGAGGAGGAGCUGCAGCAUUCACACUGUGUGAACUGUGUCAGUAGAAGGUGUAUGAUCAGACCAGAGCCUGGGAUUUCCUGUGACUUGAUUGGUUGUCCAUUGGUUUGUGGAGCAGUUUUUCAUUCUUGUAAAGCUGAUGAGCAUCGACUUUUAUGUCCAUUUGAACGAGUGCCUUGCUUAAACAGUGACUUUGGAUGUCCCUUUACCAUGGCCCGAAAUAAGGUUGCAGAACAUCUAGAAAUGUGUCCUGCAAGUGUGGUCUGCUGUACUAUGGAAUGGAACCGAUGGCCAGUUAGUUAUGCAGACCGCAAAUCAUAUGAAAAUCUAAGCAAAGAUGUUGAUGAAGUGGCACAAUUAGACAUGGCUUUGGCCCUUCAAGACCAAAGGAUGCUCUUAGAAUCUCUCAAAGUAGCCACCAUGAUGUCAAAAGCAACUGAGAAAGUAUCUGAACCUAGAGAACAAAUCUCAGUUAAAUCAAGUGUCCCAGAAAUACCACAUACUAAUGGUUUGGUGUCUGUUGAAGAAUCUUAUGGUGCACUUUAUCAGGCUACUGUAGAAACAACCAGAAGUUUGGCUGCUGCUUUAGAUAUCCUGAAUACGGCCACAAGAGACAUUGGCAUGUUAAGUACAAAUCUUUGUGCUUCCCCAGAUGAAAUGGAUGAAAAGCAAAAUGCCAGAGAAAGCUUACAGGAUAGAAACUUAAAAGACCAAGACCAUCUUCAUGAGGAUGACACAGGAGCAGUAGGUGGAAUUUACUGUAAUGACACAAGUCAGAAUGCCCAGUCUGAACAAAAUGGUUCAAGUGAUUUAUUAUGUGACUUGAAUAUAAGUUCUUAUGGUACUUCUGCUCUUUGUAAUGGCUUUCCUUUGGAAAAUAUAUGUACACAGAUCAUAGACCAGAAUCAGAGUUUCCAUGAUGAUUCAAAACAAAGUAGCUUAACAAAUGGAGAAUGUGUGGCAUCAGGUGGCACUUCAGAACCUUCCAGUUCACUUUCAGUAGCAGCACAACUUAGGGAAGUAGUACCAUCCAGUGCUUUGCCUAAUGGCACAGUUCAGCAUAUCCUUAUGCCAGAUGAUGAGAAUGAAGGAGAAUCAUAUUGGAGAAAAGUAGACUUAGGGGACUUGAGGGAUGUGGAUGUCUUAUCUUUCAGUCCUGCUCCUUCAUUCAAAUUUCUUUAUAAUUCAUGUUGGUCUAAACCAAAGGAAGAUAAAGCAGUAGAUACAUCAGAUUUGGACAUUGCAGAAGAUCCCAUGGGCCUCCAAGGAAUAGAUCUGAUCACAGCAGCAUUACUGUUUUGUCUAGGAGAUUCUCCAGGUGGUAGGGGUAUAUCUGAUAGUCGCAUGGUUGAUAUUUAUCGCAUCGAUGUUGGAACUCAGACUUUUUCACUUCCAUCCGCAAUAUUAGCUACAAAUACAAUGGUUGGGGAAAUAGCUUCAGCUUCAGCUUGUGAUCAUGCCAACCCACAGCUUUCAAAUCCAAGUCCUUUUCAGACACUUGGGCUGGAUUUAGUAUUGGAAUGUGUUGCUAGGUACCAACCCAAGCAGCGUUCAAUGUUUACCUUUGUGUGUGGACAGUUAUUUAGAAGAAAAGAAUUUUCUUCACAUUUUAAGAAUGUGCAUGGUGACAUUCAUGCUGGACUCAAUGGCUGGAUGGAACAGAGGUGUCCUUUAGCUUACUAUGGUUGCACCUAUUCUCAGCGUAGAUUUUGUCCAUCAACACAAGGAGCAAAGAUUAUACAUGACCGCCAUUUGAGGUCAUUUGGAGUUCAGCCAUGUGUAUCUACAGUAUUAGUAGAGCCUGCUAAAAAUUGUGUGUUGGGAUUACUCAGUGACCAUCUGAGUAGUCUUCCUUUUGAGGUCCUGCAGCAUAUUGCAGGCUUUCUCGAUGGCUUCAGUUUAUGUCAGUUCUCACGUGUAUCCAGAUUAAUGAGGGAUGUAUGUGGCAGUCUGCUUCAGUCUCGUGGAAUGGUCAUACUGCAGUGGGGGAAAAGGAAGUAUCCAGAAGGAAAUUCAUCAUGGCAAAUAAAAGAAAAGGUAUGGCGAUUCAGUACUGCAUUUUGUUCUGUUAAUGAAUGGAAGUUUGCUGACAUCCUAAGCAUGGCUGACCACUUGAAGAAAUGCAGUUACAAUAUCGUAGAGAAACGAGAGGAAGCAAUCCCAUUGCCAUGUAUGUGUGUGACACGAGAACUCACUAAAGAAGGACGUUCACUACGCUCAGUUUUAAAACCUGUACUUUAAAAAUUUUAACUUCACUUGCACAUAUAUGCAAGCACCUAGUAUAAUUUCUUUGUAAUAUGUGACACUUUAUUAAUGUAUUAAAGAUUGCAACUAGCUAAAUUUAUUGUCACUAUGUAUAUAAUGUUUUGAAGUGAAAUAUAUUUUUAUAAAGUACUGUUUAGUUAGAAAAAGUUGCCUUAAUGUUUGGAAUGUGUGAAAUUUUUGAAACUUGCUGGACAGGGUGAUUUAAUUUUUAGCUACAUAAUUUUCCAAAUUAGUAUUUUUAAUGGUGUGCAUAUUUUGGUUCUUAAGGUUUUUGCUGCUUAAGCUAGCAAGAUCCUGACCAAACAGUUUAUUCCUCAUGUUUUCUGUGGGUUGCAGCCCAUGCAGUCAAAAAGCAAAACUUUGAUUCAAAUUUUUGCAGCAUAGGUUUUUCAUAUAAAAGCCUUCUAUUGCUUAAGUACUGCCGUAAAAUCUUUAUAAAGUUUUUAUUUCUAGUGCUCCCCUUAUACAAUUGUUGAUGCAUAGAUAUCUCUAAUAUAUACUUACGAAAUAUUUAAAUUCAUUCAUAAUGUUUGGAAAUGCCAUUUAUCAUGUUUUAAAAAUAAUCUGCAAAGAUGUUUUCAUCUUAGGCACUUACAACUCUUAUACAGAGAGUGACCAUAUGCAACUUUCUGUUUCAUUAGACGCCAUAGCCAAAGACUUAUGGUGAUGUGAUAUGACAGGUUAAAGCAGAAGUGAGCAAACCAAAAGCAAGCCUGGGAAUUUACUUUAAUUUGAAACCGUUUUAUUAUGUAUUUGCUAGGUAUUUAAUGUUUGAAAAAUAUAUACCUCAUUUUAAGUUUGAAUUGGGCAUAUUGUGUGAAUAAAUUUCAAAUAUUCAGAAUGUAAAGAGCUUAACUGUUUUUUUAUAAGCAUUUUAAAAUUUUUGCCUUUUGACAUUUACAAAAAUUAUAAUCAUGUUGUUAUAAGACACUUAAAAAUGUGAAAUUUGGUGUCUUCUUUGUAAGAUGAUAACCAUGCAGACACCUGUCUUGAUUGACAAUCUUUUUGAAACAUUUCCAAGUUAAUUUCCCAUAGAUUUUUCUAUCAAGAAAGUAAGAAUUGCAUCUUGGGAUAAAGAUCAAGGUACAAUAGAAAAAUAUUCAAAGUCUUACUCUUGAAUUAUUUUAUUAUAGUUUUCAAAUUGAUUGUUACUAUUAUUAACCUGAUAUGGUCAGUUUUUAGUAAGAAAUUACAAAAUUGGGGACAUUUACUUCAAUAAUUUGUCUUAAGUAAAUUCUGGCAUUUGGUAGGCUGAAAUGUGACAGGUUAUCUUGUUAUAAAUGUCAAAACUCUAUUGUGUCAUCUCUUUCUACGUUUGUCCCUGAGAGUGCUCUAGGGUUACUAGGUUCUUGAUUCCUAUAUAUGGCAAUCAGGCUGGACAGAGGCGUUCCUUUGGGCAUUAGAGAAGAAUUCUGAAAUGCUUAAGAUUUGUUUUGGUUGGGUCAAAUCCUUUUCACAGUUGAAAAGUAUAGCAUUAAAGACUAAUUUGCCUUACCUGUUACUUUAAUUAGUGCUUAAAUUUUCUUUUUCAACUGUGAGGUUGAAUUGCAAAAACAGUCUCUAUUUCUGUGAAAGAGCCAGAAAUAAGAUAUCAGAUACUGUAAAGUAUAACUCUGCCUUUUAAAGUUUUGCUGAAGAAUGUGUCUAUGGUUAGGAUAGCACAAGCAUUGACUUUUUGUUUUAUGGUUGUGCUUCUUAAAAUCCAUGGUUUUUAAGUUUAGGCUUCUUGUUUCCACACUGUAUCAUGAAAUAUUUAACAGUUUUUCCACCUUAUAUUUCUUUUACACAUCUUUUGCUGUUCUUUUUUGUUUGUUUGUUAUGCCACCAUACUAUUUUGUUGAAAUGUUUUCU